AUGGUUGCGAACUCGAUUCCUAAAGUGGUACAAGAAGUUCAGUCAGCUAACUCGAAGAAGCAUGAAUGGGAAUGUAAGAAAGAUAAUGCACUUAAGCGGGAAGAAGAGAUCCUCUCUAAGUUCACUCGUCUUAAAGGCGUCUUCCUUUAA